AUGGUGGGCUUCGACUUCCCGCGCCCGGGCUCCGCAAUGUCCAACGCGUCAUCGAACGCGACCGAAAAGGCCGAGAACAUGUGGCUGUCUAUGUUGUCGUCAGUCACGCUCUCACGACGGCUGCCGCAAAAGUCGAUUCUGGUUCUAGGUACUGCACACACCCGCCGGAGGGGCGGGACUUCGGAUGGCCAGAAGGAGUUUGUGGAGAGCCUUGGUGUCGGCGGUUAUAAGAGGGGGAAUAAGGCCGCUCCUGUUGCGAAUGCGUUUGCGCUUGGUUACACCUACCAGGACGUGCUGGAUGCGGACCAUGAAGAUGUCCUCGCAAGAUUAGGAAUCUAUCUGAUCUCCGAGCCCAGCCCCGCCUUCAUCCCGCUCCUCCGACCCCUUUUCACCCCGCAAUCACUACCGGAGACGCUAAUUGUAAUUCUACUGGACUGGUCUCGCCCAUGGGAGUGGGUGCGACAGAUCAAGACGUGGGUACGGUUACUGCGGGGUAUAUUCACAAGUCUGGAUGAUGACUGCCGGCGGACUCUCGACGAUGUUACACAGGCGUGGGAGAGCCGGCGGAGUACGUAUGCGGAGGGGAGCGGAGGUGGAGGCGCUGGGGCGGGAUUGGGCGAUGUAGCACUCCCGCUGGGCCCGGGAGAGUUUGAUGAACCGAUUGGUUUGCCGCUUUGUGUGGUUUGCCAGAAUGCUGAUAAGAUUGAAAUGCUGGAGCGAGAACGUGGAUGGAAGGAAGAAGAGUUUGAUUUCGUCCUGCAAUUCCUACGGACGAUCCUCUUGAAACAUGGCGCAUCGUUGAUAUACACCACGCCCUCUGUCCCUUCAUCUCUACAACCUCUGGUAUACUCUAUGCUUUCGAUCCAAUCUCCGCUGCGCCAGCAAACAUUAAAACACAACGUAAUUGAACGCGACAAAGUCUUUGUACCUCCACACUGGGACAGCUGGGGCAAGAUCCGUGUUCUCCGCGAAGGCUUCGACGUCGAAGGCAUCCACUCUGGAUGGAGUCUUGACAUCAACGGUGGUGGUGGCGAUGACGCCGCCGCCGCCGGCGAAACAGAGGGUGGCGCAGUAGAGGUCUACGAGGAAGUCAUCAAGGAUACUUCCCGAGGUGGAACCGACUCACUUGGGCUGCUCAAGGGCAAAGUAAUGGAGGUUCCACCGGUCGAUACGCAGGAGUUCCUGGCGCAGCAGUUUGAAAUACUAGAGCUCAAGGCGGCCGAGGACAAGGUUUUGCGUGAUGGAAAAGAUGCGAAGAAAAAGCGCGAUAUCGAUGAUGGCUCGGAUAAGGUCCUCGCUGAGCAGGUCGGCCCGGUCCAGUUCAAUGUUGGAGGUAUCCAGGUCGACGCGGAAAACAUGAUGGAGAGCUUGAAGCUACGAGAGGCAAGCAGAGCGGGAGGCACAGACACAUUGUCGCCAUCGCCCACACCCCCGAGUGGCCAGGCCGACGGAAAGACCCAUAACGAAGUACUGUCGGCGUUUUUCACUUCGCUCAUGAAGAAGAAGGUCGGAACAAAACCGUCGGGGACGUAAUAGCUACUGGUAUUGGUGCAUUUCUUGUGGCGAAUUGGAGUGUUGCGGAGGUUGGUUUUGGAGGGGGCUUUGUCUUUUUUUCGUGCUGGAGGUGUGGCUUUUUCUCUCUUUAAUUCCUUCUUUUCUUCUGCUUCUUGUGGAUGGACCUCCGUAGUAGAAGACUCUUAGAUAUCAGCUACAUAUCAUCCUAUCUAGGUGCCCUUCCGGAGCUGUGGCAAUGGGCAAUGGACAUCUCGAAUGUCUGCCUUGGCGAGGGGUGCGGAGGAUAGGGUACAAUACUCUACUCUAAG